GUAGGCUAUCACAAAAUGAGAUAUUAACUAGCGGUAGCAGCUCGUCAGACUUUGUGAUAAGCGGUUUCCUGUUGAAAGACCACAAACAUGUCUGAAGCUGUACUGGAAAAUCCUAAUGGAGCCGAAGGAGGAAGGGAGACUGAUGAGAAAGAUGAAACGGGACUUUCACCAUCCAAGGAUGAUCCCAACGAUGAUCCCAAGGCCUCUGGAGCGGACCCAAAUGAUUUAGUGGAUACCCUGGAGCGUUUGAUGGGUCUCCUAAACCCCUGGCUUGGAGGUGCAGAUGAUGACGAUGAUGAUACAGUCAAACCACAGCAACUCCUUCAAGACAUCAGCCUAGAGGGUGUGGCAAAGUACAUAAAGAGUGAUAGAUGUAAGCAUAUCAUCGUUAUGACUGGUGCUGGAAUCUCUACUUCUGCCGGGAUACCAGAUUUCCGAAGCCCAGGAUCCGGCCUGUAUGAUAACUUAGGGAAGUACAAUCUACCAACUCCGAUGUCGAUAUUUGAAAUGUCAUAUUUCAAGGAACGACCGGAGCCAUUUUUCUACCUGGCCAAGGAGUUGUACCCAGGGAAGUUCAAACCCACACCGUGUCAUUAUUUCAUCAGACUCCUCGCUGAGAAAAAGCUCCUGUUGAGAAACUACACACAGAAUAUUGACACCCUAGAGAGAAUCGCUGGUGUGCCAGGGGACCUGUUAAUGGAGGCCCACGGUACAUUUCAUACCGGACACUGCCUUGCUGGAGAUUGUAGGGAAGAAUACACACAAGAGUGGAUGAGAGUUGAGAUCUUUGCUGAUAGGAUACCCAAGUGCACGGAGUGUGGUGGAUUAGUCAAGCCAGAUAUUGUGUUCUUUGGUGAGGCACUACCCCUAAGGUUUUCCUCCCUCGUUAUGGAGGACUUUCCCAGGUGCGAUUUGCUGAUAGUCAUGGGGACAUCACUGGUUGUGCAGCCCUUUGCUUCAUUACUAGAAAGAGUUCCAGAAACCACUCCCAGACUUCUUAUUAACAUGGAGAAAGCUGGCGAGUCUAAUCCCGUGCUACGCCGUCUUGGUUACGGCGGAGGAGGCUUCGAGUUUGACUCAGAGAGCAAUUACAGAGAUGUAUUGCAUCUUGAUAAAUGUGACGAUGGGUGCUACAAGUUAGCAGAGCUACUUGGAUGGAAGGAAGAGAUGGAUCAAUUGGUUCAAGAAGAGCACAAUCGCAUAGAGGGUGCCUCUUCAUCCAUCAAAAAAAAAUCCUCCACGCCAAAAGUCAGCGCAUCCGAAGUAGACAAGUCUGUGAAGAAAACCUCCACGCCAAAAGUCAGCGCAUCUGGAGUAGACAAGUCUGUGAAGAAAACCUCCACGCCAAAAGUCAGCGCAUCUGGAGUAGACAAGUCUGUGAAGAAAACCUCCACGCCAAAAGUCAGCGCAUCUGGAGUAGACAAGUCUGUGAAGAAAACCUCCACGCCAAAAGUAAGCGCGUCUGGAGUAGACAAGGCUGCGAAAAAAUCCACCACGCCAAAAGUAAGCGCAUCUGGAGUAGACAAGGCUGCGAAGAAAACCUCCACGCCAAAAGUAAGCGCAUCUGGAGUAGACAAGUCUGCGAAGACAACCUCCACGCCAAAAGUCAGCGCAUCUGGAGUAGACAAGGCCGCGAAGAAAAAAGUGCCCUCUGAUGGUGCUAAACCCAUGAAUGGAGCAGCAGACAAGAGUAAGUGAGCAUCCCUGAUGCUGCGACAGAAAAAGAUGGAUCCAGGAAAACAACAGUUCCUGUUGCAUGUGGUGACUAUAUGGCAGCAUGAGAGCCAGUGGAUCAAGUUUUACAGGGUUUUGCAAUACACUAAAGUCUUCUAAUUAUAAUUAUUACAUGUAUUUUUUCCAGCAGUUUCACAAAGUACAGAUACAACACUUGCUAACAAAUAUUUAGUUUCAAUAAAGAUAAACUAAACAUGUUUUACAGAACUACCUGAAGGCCUGCAAGCAACUAAAGAAGUGGUCCUGAAUGAAAAUGACUGACAGAAGUAUUGGAUAUAAACUGAAUCAAAAUUUAAUAAUUUGUGCAAUUAGAAGGUUAAGCAAUGUUUGAAUGAGAGAGAGAUUGGCUGGUCAAGUAAGGUCAAAUAAAAAAUAAAUUUGUAUGCCAAGAUUUGUUCUAUUUUGUAACACUGAUUAACAUGGGCAUUGUUGUUUUCAGCCUCUAACAAAAUUUUGUUAGAGAAACAUGUUAUUGAGUAAGUUGAAUGUUACUUACUAUUUAUGCAUAGAAAUACUGAAUAACUCAAAGAAUUACACUAUAUUUUAGUUCCUUAUUUUGUUUUAAUUUAUAAUUAAUUUGCA